CAACGGCGGCGGCGUGCGUUUGCCUGUGUGACACAAUUACAACAACUUUGAGCCGCUGCUUGGGGAAGUUUGCGAUUUUACCAAAUAACACUCUUUCCUCCGAGCCAAACAGCAACAUCGACUUCAUGCAUAAACUGGGCCCGGAAUACCCGCCGUGUUUUGAUGUACAAUGAGGCGUGCGGACGAGAACUAUAGAGGAUCAUUUCCUUGAGGAUUUGGCAGAGAACUCCGCUGCGCCCCGCUGUAAUCCUGGAUAGCUGUGCGACGGCCUGAGCCGGACUCGCUCGGUCCCGCCGCUCGCCCCGUGACUGCUCCAUGAGAUCGUGCGGGGUGUCGCUGCCCUCCACCUCCUCUUCCUCCUCCUCCUCCACCUCCUCCUGCUCCCGCAGCCGCGGCGCUGCCGCCAAUGACGAGGAGAAAAUGGCGGCGGCCGAAGCCUCCGCCGCCCGGGAGGACUCUCCGGGGCUGACGGCGCCGGAGGGCGAGAGCCUGCUCGGGGUGGACAGCUCGCUGUUCGGGUUUCACGGGCUUCAAGAAGAUGGCGCCAGAACGAAGGCCUUGCUGCUGAAGGCCGUUAGCUGCUAUGAUGCCCUCAUCCUGAAAGCAGAGGGGAAAGUGGACCCUGACAUUUUCUGCCAGCUUGGCCACUUCAACCUCCUGCUGGAGGACUAUCCAAAAGCAUUAUCUGCAUACCAGAGGUACUUCAGUUUACAGUCAGACUACUGGAAGAAUGCUGCCUUUUUAUACGGCCUUGGAAUGGUUUACUUCCAUUACAACGCAUUUCAGUGGGCAAUCAAGGCAUUCCAGGAGGUGCUUUACAUCGACCCCAGUUUUUCAAGAGCGAAGGAGAUUCACCUGAGACUGGGCCUCAUGUUUAAAGUUAACACAGACUAUGAAUCAAGCUUAAAGCAUUUUCACCUGGCAUUGAUCGACUCCGAUCUGUGCACUUUGUCCAAAGCUGAAAUUCAGUUCCACAUUGCUCAUUUGCAUGAAAUCCAGAAGAGAUACAGAGCAGCAAAAGAGGCGUAUGAGAGUCUGCUGCAGAUGGAAAAUCUCCCUGCACAGGUGAAGGCGACCACACUGCAACAACUGGGCUGGAUGCAUCACACGGUGGAACAGCUCGGAGAUAAAAGCACUAAAGACAGCUAUGCCAUCCAGUGUCUGCAGAAGUCUCUAGAAGCAGACCCCAACUCUGGCCAGUCCUGGUAUCUUCUCGGCAGGUGCUACUCCAGUAUUGGGAAGGUGCAGGAUGCCUUCAUCUCGUACCGUCAGUCCAUUGACAAGUCUGAGGCCAGUGCCGACACCUGGUGCUCCAUCGGUGUUCUGUACCAGCAGCAGAACCAGCCUAUGGACGCCCUGCAGGCCUACAUCUGUGCCGUUCAGCUGGACCACAGCCACGCCGCAGCCUGGAUGGACCUGGGAACCCUCUACGAGUCCUGCGGCCAGCUGCACGACGCAAUGAAGUGCUACAUCAACGCUACGCGCAGCAAGGCCUGCCUCAACACCGCCGCGCUCACUCAGCGCAUCAAACUGCUGCAGGCUCAGUUGUGUAACCUACACCCAGGUAGUCUGCAGAAUAAGAGUAAAAUGCUUCCUAGUAUUGAGGAGGCGUGGAGCCUCCCCAUCCCUGCUGAGCUCACGUCCAGGCAGGGAGCCUUGAACACUGCACAGGCGCAGCAGGCCUGUAAGGGGGAUGGGGGCUCAUCUGCCAGCAAUCACGCCGACCCACAGGCUAGUCCUGCCAAGAGGAAACGCACCGCCAGCCCGGCGAAGGGUUCUGCAGACUUGUGGACGAACAACCCCAAUCAGCAGCAAAUCCCCAGCUGGUAUCUAACGCCACAGAAGCUUCAGCUCUUGGAUCACUUGCGGACCAACCGAGCCAACCUCAAGCCCCCGCAGCUGCAGAUGCUGGAGCAGCUGGAGAACCAGUUCUCCCUCAUGCAGCAACAUCAGCAGCAGAUGAGGCAGCAGGCAGCGGCGGGUGGCCAGCCGCGGCCCAGCGUUCCCAACGGUCCGUCGUCCGAGUCGUCUCCCCACCCCGCCGGCCCCUCCCGAACCUCCCCUCUCCAUCCCGCAGCCAUCCGGCCUCCCUGUGCCGCCCCUCACGUAACCAACGGCUCCUGCUCCUCUUCAAGUCCCUCGGCGAGACUACAAGGACACCUGGACAAAAACCACAGCCCGGGACUGGGAGGUGGCGGCGCGAGCAACGGAAACGUGCCUUACCCGCAGCAGAACUCUCUACCUCACACCUGCACAGCCGCCAGUCACCCCAGCACCAGCAGCACUACCAGCAGCCCCAGCCAUCCCAGUCAUCCCAGUCCUGCAGACGAGGCGUGGAGGACCCAGCAGCGCAACACUACCACUCAGGGGCUUCAGAAAGAUCCAGGUUCACAUUCGGCGGGUCCCAAUGGAGAACCCCCUUUCUCGUCCUCGUCCUCCUCCCCCCAGACCUCCCUGUCCUCCACCGGCAUUCUGAAUCAGGUUGGACACUGCUCUGGGCCCUGCACUGCCUCGUCCUCGGUCUCCUCUCUGUCCCCCACCUCCCCGCAGACGACGCCCAACCACUUCUCUUCGCCUCCCCACUCCGCUACUACCUCAGGGGUCCACACCAAAGACACCACACCUUCAGGGGGCAAGAAUGGCGGCAGCGCUGCAGCAGCAGCUUCUGCAGCUGCUGCUGCGUUGCCGUCAGGCCCGGAGGCCAUCAGGCCCUCCGGAGGCGUGCCCCCCAGUCCCAACACCACCCCCGCACAAGGAUUGACUAAUCACGUCCAGCGGGGGGUGACGGACGGUACGGCCAGCCUGUCUCAGCCUGGUUCUCCCGCCCCCAGCGUGCUCAGUUCAGACAAUCCUCAACUCUCAGCCUUGCUAAAGGGAAAAGCCAAUGCUAGCAGUAACGACAAAGACAAUAGCUGCAGUAACCACGGAGGGUCUUCCUCAGAGAAACUCAACAACGUCCACCCGGGUCUCCACGGUGCCGCCAAGUUGCUUUCGGAGCACUCCGUGGCGUCAUCGCCUCUUUCAGCCACUGCUACGCCCUCCCCACGUUCUGCAGACCCCCACACCGCCAACAGCCUGUCCUGCCUUAACAGCCCGUCCAACUCCAGCAGCCAGGGGCCCACGCACAACGGGAAGGGGCUGGAGGACUCCCGGAGCCCGCCCAGGCCAGAGCCUUUAGGGGGAUCACACAGACACACGGCUCCUGCUGGUCCUGCAGCCUGGUCCUCCGUCUCCAUCUACCCCAGCUCCGGUGAAGUCCUCAAAGCAUGCAGGAAUCUGGGAAAGAACGGUGUGACGACCAGCAGCAUCGUCCUGGACAGAUGUCCCCCGCCGCGGCCGCCCAGUCCUCCCUCUUCACUGCCAAAGGACAAACUCAACCCCCCGACUCCCAGUAUUUAUCUAGAAAACAAGAGGGACGUUUUCUUCCCUCCCCUCCAUCAGUUCUGCACCAACCCUGCCAACCCGGUCACCGUCAUCCGAGGACUGGCCGGAGCACUCAAGCUCGAUCUGGGCCUGUUCUCCACGAAGACGCUGGUGGAGGCCAACCCCGACCACCUGGUGGAGGUGCGGACCCAGCUGGCUCAGCCCACCGACGAGAACUGGGACCCCAGCGGCAGCAGGAAGAUGUGGCGCUGCGAGAGCAGCCGCUCCCACACCACCAUCAUCAAAUACGCCCAAUACCAGGCCUCGUCCUUCCAGGAGUCCCUGCGGGAGGAGAAUGAGAAGAAGAAAGAAGUGGAAGCAGAAGCAGGUUCUUCAGACAGUGGGAUGCGUCGGAGGAAGGCCCCUUUCAAGCACAUCAAGUUUGGCACCAACAUCGACCUCUCUGAUGACAAGAAGUGGAAGCAGCAGCUGCAGGAGCUGACCAAGCUCCCCGCGUUUGCCCGGGUGGUGUCGGCCGGUAACCUGCUGAGCCACGUGGGCCACACCAUCCUGGGCAUGAACACGGUGCAGCUGUACAUGAAGGUGCCGGGCUCCAGGACGCCGGGCCACCAGGAGAACAACAACUUCUGCUCCGUCAACAUCAACAUCGGCCCCGGCGACUGCGAGUGGUUCGCCGUGCCCGAGGCCUACUGGGGCGCCAUCAACGACUUCUGUGAAAGGAACAACAUCAACUUCCUGAUGGGUUCCUGGUGGCCCAACCUAGAGGACUUAUACGAGUCCAACGUGCCCGUCUAUCGCUUCAUCCAGCGGCCCGGGGACCUGGUGUGGCUCAACACCGGCACCGUUCACUGGGUUCAGGCCAUCGGCUGGUGCAACAAUGUCGCCUGGAACAUUGGACCCCUGACAGCAUAUCAGUAUAAGCUGGCGGUGGAGCGCUACGAGUGGAACAAGCUGCAGAGCGUCAAAUCCAUCGUUCCCAUGAUCCACCUGUCAUGGAACAUGGCGAGGAACAUCAAAGUGUCCGACCACAAGCUUUUUGAGAUGAUCAAAUAUUCCUUGUUGCGGACCCUGAAGCAGUGUCAGGUGCAGAGGGAGAUGCUGCUGGCUGCCGGGAGGGAGCUGGUGUGGCACGGCCGGACGCAGAACGAGCCGGCGCAUUACUGCAGCAUCUGCGAGGUGGAGGUGUUUGACCUGCUGUUCGUGACCACCGAGAGCAACAGCAGGAAAACGUACGUGGUGCACUGCCAGGACUGUGCACGGAGGGCGAGCACCAACCUGGGCAGCUUUGUGGUGCUGGAGCAGUACAAGAUGGAGGACCUCAUGCAGGUGUACGACCAGUUCACACUAGCGAGUCCCCUGCCUUCUUCCUCCUGAUGGUGACAUCCACAUCUUCUCAGAACGUCGUAGAACCACAACAGACUUGAUUGGAAACUCAUCUAGAACAUUUGGGUUUUUCCUUUUCUUUCUUUUUUUUCUGAUAUUCAGGAAGUUAAGCGGCAGUCCUCCGAACUGCGUCCUGUAGCGAUCCCAUAAGGCAGCUGUGUAAAAGCUGUCCGUCUAUGCAACCUGCCUUGAGCGGUGUGCCGCCCCCUGGUGGACUGAAGGGGGACGGCAGCUCCCCCCCCUCCCCUUCCCCGUCGUCACGACCAGACUGUUUGUACAUCUGGCCCGGCCAGACUUCACCAGAGAGACACACAAGUUCAUCGUAAAACCAGUGAAGUAACGUUUUGUACAUAUUAAGUUUGAACUGGCGACGCCGUCACGCAGAGACUACUGAGUAGAUAGUUUAGUUUUUCCGUUUUUGUGUUCAGUUUGUGGGUUGACGCCAGAGCUUUGUCCCUCACCCUCCGCCAGACGAGUACUUUAGCAUAGCGGGUCUUUUGUACGUUAGACACCUCCUCAGUCAGGAAAACCAGAUGAAAACCGUUUUGUGAUGUGAAAUAUGAACGACACCUUUGAAGCCCAAACCCCCCCCUCCUCCUUCUGUUUUUGUUUUCCAAUCACUUAAAAAGAUGAAUUUUGUUUUGCUGGAAAUAAAGAGUCAGUUACUUUACGUAGGAGAGAAACAGGUUUGUAGACGAACACAAAGAGGCUUGCACAUGGACAAAAGAGUGAACUGUAAUUUGUGUGUGUUUUUGUUUUUUAUUUCAAUGUAAAUUUACAGUAUUUAUAAAUGCAUAUUUAUUGCUUGAAAAUAUUUGAUGGAAUGCUGUAAUUUUUCUCCAGAGUACCUGCCAUUAAAUCUGAAGGAGCGUUGUGAUUUUAAACACAGCCCUUCAUAUGUUUUCUAUAUAAAUAAAACUGCUUAGUAAGCAUUGUACAGAGACCUUCCCUUGAAAUGGGUUUAUUGUUUGAAGGAUGUUUUACGCGUCAAUAAAC